CUUCGUGAGGGCAUUGUUAUAACUCUGUUACCCUAUGUAUCAUGGCCUCUGUCCAAGCUUGCAUGUCAUUUCUGGAACCUUGGCCGUCCACAGCCGAGAAAGAAUCGCCUUACGUUCGCGGAAUUGUAGAGGAGCAGUAUCCCUCCACUAAUUUCAAGAACGAAGAUCAAACAGUGCAAUUUACCGAUGCAAGAUUGAUAAAAGAGCUAUUCACACUUGACAACAAUGGAUUCGCGUGGACGAACAGUUCUGCCCUCCCCGAUCAAGUGCUUGACGUGAUCAGGUCCAAGGAAAAAGAACGGGUCAUGGGCAAAUACUAUCCAUUGGUGGAGAAGCUAUUGAAAGACACAUUGGGAGCGACGCAUGUAAUCAUUUUCGAUCAUACGUACCGAAAACGAGACCCUAGUUUGGAUCUUAAAGCAAAUCCGAAUGAGAGAGAACAGCCAGCUACAGUAGCCCACUGCGAUCAAUCUGCUCUUGGUGCUAGUCGACGCGUGGAACGCCAUGCGGGCGAUGAUGCUGAACGACUUCUCAAGGGAAGAUGUCAAUUGAUCAAUGUCUGGAGACCCAUCAGCGGAGUUGUGGAAGAUUGGCCGCUUGCGAUGAUGGAUUUUCGGUCAAUGAAGCCAUCCGAAGUCCAUCCAACAAAUAUUUUUAGACAGGCACAUGAUUUCAUUGGACAGACUGUUGGAAUCAAUUAUUCGCCCGAGCAAAAGUGGUACUAUCUUGAGAAGCAAACUCCAGAGGAGGUGACAUUGAUCAAGAUCUGGGACAAUAAAGACGAUGUUGCAAAUAUGUGCGCACAUUCUGCUUUUCAACAUCCGGACCAUGAAAGAGCAAUUAUACCUCGUGAAAGCAUAGAAGUGAGGUGCUUGGUCUUUUAUGAGAACUCAUAGGUACAAGCGCUAUAUUUUGGCUGUUGAUCUCUGUUAAAAAAUAGUCUUCAUGCAGUUCUCAUAUGUUGUUUCGAAAAUAGAGCGAAGUAGCCUUUGAGAGGCAGCUAGUAAGGCGGUUCAGGUUGCAUGUAAGAUAGCAAAUAU